CAAUUAUUUAAAAGCGAACGAUAAUCAUACGGGUCAGGACGGUCUAUAUCCUUGACGGACUAGACCAUGACGGCCCAAUUUAUUUGAAAAAGAAUGGCUCGAACACAGAAAGGUCAUCUUUUGGUGGCAUCCAAAAAGUUUAAAAUGAGAAAACGAAAGACAAAAAGCAAUACCAGGGAAAAUGACAUGAAAAGCGAGAGUGCAAUUAUGAAGGACUUUGAUUUCAUGACCCAAACUAGCGUUAACACUAUAUCGGCUAGUGAAAGUCAGGAGACCUUAAAUUCAGACCAAACAAUAGAUGACUUAAACUAUGUUUGCGUUAAAAUCGAGAUUGAUGAAUUUUGUAAUACAGCUUCUGAUUUUUAUUCUGUGUGUGCCAAAUCAGAACAGGUUCUUUAUGAGGAGAGACAUCUAUAUUGCAAGAAACAAGAUGGCUUCAAUAUAGUACAUGAACAGACAACAUGUUUACGUAUGGAUCAAGAUUACACCAAGCAAGAUGGCUUCACCUCUGAAUGUGUGAAAUCAGAACAGACAGAAUAUGAGGAUGUCACACGACAAGCUUGUAUAAAUUCUGUAUGUGUGAACAAAAACACCACUGCCAAUUUAAAUGCAUAUACUGUUACAGUACAAGAGAAUGCUGUGACAAGGACUGCCCCCAUUUUCCUGGGACCGGCUAAGAUGAAAUUGGUGAAAAAGGGUGACCAUGUGAAGAAAGUUAAAAGAAUGAAGAAAAUGAGAUACCCAGAAAUAGACAAGACUUGGUACAGUCUUCAAGAAAGGAACACUGGCAAAUGUUUGAACCUGGGACCUCCAGAUAAUGACCAUUUUCUCUACUGUGGAGAAUGCAAUAAGGAGUUUGAAGGAGACUGCCCUGUUCAUGGCCCCUACAACUACAUACAGGACAAAGAGGUGCCAGAAAAAGACCCUUUAAGAGCUGAACGUACCUUGCCAGAUUGCCUUGAAAUGAAAACAUCCAAAAUAGCUGGAGCUGGUUUUGGAGUGUUUUCCAAGAACGGACUGAAAUCCAGGAUCAUGUUUGGACCGUAUGGGGGAGAAAUCAUCACUGACAACCAUAAGUCAGGGUAUUGCUGGCAGGGGAAGACCUAUAAGGAUGGCAAGGCGAGUCACUUUGUGGAUGCCCAGAACAAGGCCACCUGUAACUGGAUGAGAAACGUGAAAUGUGCUAUGACGGAGGAAGAUCGGAACCUUGUAGAAAUCCAGUACAGAGGAUGCAUCUAUUACUGCACAUUAAAGCCUGUUUCACCAGGUGAGGAACUUCUGGUCUGGUACAGAGAUGAAUUCGUCAGAGAAUUUGGCCUUAUCAGAGACGAGAACUUAUCAAUCAGUUAUUCAAAUAAAAACAGUGGUCACUUUGCGAAACACAUGAAUAUAAAUACAGAAGACAGACCGUACAAGUGUGAGGAGUGUGGUUAUGCAUGUAAAGGGAGUGUUGACUUUAAUAAACACAUGGGGAUUCAUACAGGAGAGAGACCUUACAAGUGUGAGGUGUGUAGUAAAGCAUUUAAACACAGUGGUGGCUUGAACAAACACAUGAAAAUACAUACAGGAGAGAGACCAUACAAGUGUGAGGUGUGUGGUUAUUCGUAUAAAAAUAGUGAUCACUUGAAGAUACACACGAGGAUACAUACAGGAGAGAGACCGUACAAGUGUGAGGUGUGUGGUAAAGAAUUUAAACACAGUGGUGACUUGAACAAACACACGAGGAUUCAUACAGGAGAGAGACCAUACAAGUAUGAGGUGUGUAGUAAAGCAUUUAAACACAGUGGUGACUUGAAAAAACACAUGAGGAUACAUACAGGAGAGAGACCAUACAAGUGUGAGGUGUGUCGUUAUUCGUAUAAAAAUAGUGAUCACUUGAAGAUACACAUGAGGAUACAUACAGGAGAGAGACCGUACACGUGUGAGGUGUGUGGUAAAGCAUUUAAAGACAUUAGUUACUUGAACAAACACACGAGGAUCCAUACAGGAGAAAGACUGUACAAAUGUGAAGUGUGUGACCAUUCAUGUUUACAUAGUGGUCACUUGAAGACACACAUGAUGAUUCAUACAGGAGAGAGACCAUACAAGUGUGAGGUGUGUAGUUAUGAAUGUAACCAGAGUAGUACCUUGAAGAAACACAAAAUAAUACAUACAGGAGAGAGACCGUACAAGUUUAAGGUGUGUAUUUAUGCAUGUUACAAUAGUAGUAACUUGAAGGCACACAUGAGGAUACAUACCGGAGAGAGAUCGCACAAGUGUGAGGUGUGCAGUUAUGCAGGUAACACGAGUUCUGACUUGAAGACACAUAUGAGGAUACAUUCAAGAGAAAGACCGCAUACGUGUUAGGUGUGUGGCUAUUCGUGUAAACAUUGUAAUCAAUUGAAGGAACCCAUGAAGGUACAUUCAGGAAAAAGGCCGUAUAAGUGUGAGGUGUGUGGCUAUUCGUGUAGAUAUAAUGGUCACUUGAAGUCACACAUGGUUAUUCAUAUAGGAUAGAAACCGUAAAAGUGUGAGGAUUGUAGUUAUGAAUGUAACCAGAGUAGUACCUUAAUGAAACUCAUAAGGAUACAUACAGGAGAAAGAACAUUCAAGUGUGCGGAGUGUGAUUAUGCAUGUAAGGAGAGUGGUUACUUGAAGGGACACAUGAUGAUACAUACAGGAGAGAGACCGUAAAAGUGUAAGGUGUGUCACUGUGGUUAUGCAUGUUACAACCGUAGUAACUUGAAGGCACAUAUGAAGAUACAUGCAGGAGAGAAACAAGUGUGAGGUGUGUGGUAACGAGUGGUGACUUGCAGAAGCUCAUACAUGUAAGGAUAGAUAAGGGAAGAAAUAGUAACAACAUGAACAUUCUCUGAAAAUUUUAAUAUUUGGUGUUUAAAACGUCUUGUUUCGAUUAUAUGUAUAUUAUAAAAAACUUCAAAAAUCGUCCUCUCUGAAACUUUAAGGCCAAUUAGUAUAGUAUUUGGCAUGUAACAUCAAAUUGGGGUUUUUACCAUGCUUGUUUUAAACAAACCAAUGUUUAAAAACAGGCCCGCCUUGGUUGUAACCUGUUUCCUAUAUAUGUUUCGGAUAUAGUUUAAUCUAAAACAUAUCUUAAACCCAAAGGUCUCAUAGGGUUUGUUUUUAACACAAAGAUUUGGUAUUUGGUUGAUACAUGCAGUGUUUUGCCUUUAAAUUCGCGGCCGGUAUUUGGCUUUAUUCCCAAUAUAUUUUUUCCCAGAGGGACCUACACAUUCCCAAGAGAAGGUUUAAUUGUUUAGAUUUCAAUAUUUAGUUCCAAUUUAGCUAUUUAAGUUGAACCUUAGUCAAUUUAAUAUUGAAAAUACUUUUAUUCUCAAAAUUGAAGCAUUUGUAGAAAAUCAAACAACACUAAUUUCCCAAUUUUAGUCAAAACGCCGCGUUUUUCCCCAAUCCAAAGGGACCCGGCCCCAUUCCCAAAUGGUGAAAAUAAACAUUUAUACAUGACAUGAUGGUCAUCUAUCAAGUUUGUACAAAUAUAAUCCACGCCUCGUGGAUGUAAGUUUCCCAUAUAGUAUAAAAGUAAAAACGUUUACAAUCUUCUCUAAAACUGCCAAACAGUGGUUUUUGUAUAUGACUAGUAAAACCGUUUUGGGGUCGUCCUCUACGAAGUUUGUAAAAAUCCUGCCGAUGUGAUUGAAAUUGGCUUGGGGCGAACUUAUUUGAAUGAUAUCUCUGUCGAGAUUGAAUGUGGUUGUGGUUGGUUCUGGUUUCCUUAUAUGGCCUUAUUUAACAUAAUAAACCCUGUAGGAUAGUUUAAAUACAACGGUAACUCAAAUAGUGGGAAUCAAUUGUUUAUGUAAAUGACCAUGCUAAAAUCGCACAUGGAGUUGCAUAUAGGCAACACGGAUAUUGGCAUAUGAAUUACUCAAUAAUAAUUAUUAUAAUAAUUAAUGGAGCUUUUGGCAGCUAACUACCCACUCCUUGUGUUUUUUUACACACCCCUGUAACAGACUUCAUGUACGUGGAAGUAGGGCAUAAUCUGUAAAGAACAGAAUCAAGACUCACCCCCCUUGCGAAAAACUCUUAAUAUUUUUUUUUUAUUUUUUUUUAAUAGAAAGUUGAGAUGUGUCUCAUGAUUAUUAUAUCUCAAUUCUAUUUCAAUUUUAUCUUUUCAAACAUACUAAAUUAUGAAAAAUGCAAUGAAUAUAGUGCAAACUUGUACAAAUGAAAUAAUGAGAGGGUAAGUAAAACAAUCCCCCAAAAAGGGAAACGACACGAAAAUUCCCCCUCCUAAGGGCUGCGGAUCCCUUCCCCCAAAGUAGUGUGAGGGCCCUGCCAUGCGAAACUCACAUUAAUCUAACGUCAUUUAAGUGGACUAGCGUUUUGAAAAUUUAAAGUCAUUCCGUUAUUGUUAAAUAAAAAAAAUACUUUGUAGAAGUACUGAUGGCUAUUUCUUUCUCGAUCUAAAUUUAUAGUUUCAGGCUUAAUAAAAGUAUUG